UUGUAGAGUGACAGUAAAGGGUGGAGGACCUGCCAUGGAAACUAUAAGGGGACUCAGAUUUCAAAAAUUUGGCGAUAGGCGGGACAAUUUCGAAAGCGGAGGACCUGCCAUGGAAACCACCGCUCCGGUUCCGAAGCUUCUUCUACAAUUAAUAUCAUCUGCUUUUCAAAGAUGCCGUUUAUCAGAAGAUCUCUGUAGAUUAUCAGUUCUUCUUGACCAAUCUACAAACAAUGAUCCUCCGAUUACAUGUAUUUCGAUUGCGGAUACGGGAAUUGGAUGCAAUUUGGAGGAAUUUCAGAUUUUGAGGUGCCCUAGAGAAUUCAAUGGAGCCAAGAUUUGGGAUGGGUUACUCUCCGUCAAAACGACUUGCUUUACUGACGAUGAGGUAUACUAUUAUCAUAUAAAUCUUGAUGAGUAUAUUGCAAACAAACGACUGAAAAGACAACCUUCUCAGGCUAAGAAUGGUGCAAAGUUUAGUGGGACGGAAGUAUCCCUGACUGUUUUUGGAAGUAUGGAUGUUCUCGUGGCACCGAUAAUUGGCUUCUUUCAAAAGAUGCUUGUUCUGCAGAUACCUAAUGUCACAAUGGAUCUGAUGGUUAAACAAGGGGAUUCUCCUGGUAAUCAAACUCAAUAUGUCUUUGCAGUGAACGCUGACAAAACUCCAUGCUUUACUGCCUCCAAUCUUGAACGGUUGAAGUCUGGUCUUGAGGACUAUGUUUUAAGGCAUGGAAACUGUUUGGAUACGAUGUGUGACUAUUGCUUUUCGGAUAGAGAGCAUCUGAAAGCUGGAAGUGGAACACUAUGCCAGGAAGACAAACAUAAGAGAGUUGGAGGGACGAUGGAAGUGGUGAUUGUGAUAAGUGACUUGCUAGAGACAACUCAGCAUUGCAGCAGAUCCUGCGAUGGAAAAACAGAGGUUUUAUACUUUGACAAUUUCUCACCUUCCCCUGUUCCACAUUUGGCCUUGAGCGCAUUGAAAAAGAUUGACUGGAAAAAUUAUGGUUUGAUCCUGGCGAAUGUGAAUGAUCAAGAUGGACAUGUGUUUCUCGAGUGGGAAAAUUUCCCUUCUUAUGUUCAAAUACAAAUUUCCCUCCAUUGGUAUCACAAUCAAUAUCCAGCAAGACAGAAGAAUGGGCCUGGUAUAAGUUUUUUGAAGAAAGGAAUGAAAAAUGCUUUGGAUAAUUUGAAGGCUAAACAUGAGGGUUUUCUUCUAAGCUCACAUGCUCGUAAGAUUUGCAGCUAUGUCCCUGACCUUGCAAGAUCAAUAGCAGGCCUAAUAUUCUCCUCUACUGAUUUGGACUUCCAAGGAGAUUGCCUAUCUGUUCUUGGAUUUCAGACUCAAAAAGUUGAACGUGACACAGUCGAGGACUAUAUCCAGAGAAAGAUCGUGACCGUUAUAGGAAUGAAUGAGAGGAAACCUCAGAAAGACCAAGAAGCUGCUCCUUUUCUGUUUUUUGAUGGCGAGUCUGAGACAUCAUUCUUUGAAGAUGAGGAAGUAGAAGAUCGAGAAAAUUCCACGCAUGAAUAUGAUGCUACGGAAACUAAAAUCAGCUUUAUACAGUUCAAAUGUCUGGCCACUAUGCUGCAGGAAUAGUGAAUAGGGCACUUUGUGAUUAACAGGCUUAACAUUAGUAGUAUAUUUUUUCUGUACAGCUUCACAGUGAUAUAUGUUUCUGAUCCGUACAUAGA